UCAUCUGGCUGUCAGGACAACAUUGCUGAUACAAAAAUUGCUUCUGACACAGAUUUGGGGUCAGAGACGUCACAGCCGAGUGCCCCACAGAAUAGGGGGGAUUGCUUAUCCACAUUAGUAUCACUUUCCACAGAUGAAACAUUGACAUCAUGUCCUGCUACUAUUGAAAAUCCUGCAAGUUCAACUUCAGAACCAUUAUCCACUGAGAACACUGUGGCACAUUCAGAGCCACAGCCCAUUUGUAAUACUAUUGCCGACAAAAAGUCACCCCUUGAUACUAGUUCUGCUUCAUCCUCAGUGCCCUUUAAAAUGUGUUCUUCCCUUGCAUCCACAGAAAAUCAGUCAACUUGUGAGAAGGUAGACGUACUUAUUUCCUGCUUAAACUCAAGCUCAGAAGGUGCAGAGAGUAAUGUAUCACCAAAAAGAAGGCGCAUUUCCAAGAUCAAACCCAAUGUAGGAUUUCCCAGCAGAAAUACACAGUCAAAAUCACAACUAACAGAAGAUUCCAGUAAUCUCUCGAAAUCAGAAUCAAUGAACAGUUCUUCAAGUACAAGCUCAGAACAACAUAGUACAAAAGAUAACAAUACAUGUGAACUGAAUACGAUACAGAAAGCCGACAUGCACUUGACGUCACCACAUUCUUCUUCUAACACAGAACGUGUUAACUUAGCACAACCCAAAGCUAUAGAAUCAGAAAUCCCAUUUGAGGCCAACACCACCCCUGACACGAGGACCUCUGAUCCAGUAGUCACAGAAACAUGUGCCAUUGAAGACUCAUUCACAGUUACAAAGUCUGUGCAUGAAACUCAGAGCAGUGACACAUCCGUAAUUGGAGGGACAGUCACUGGGAACACCAGUGCAAUUGAGGCGAAAGACACAGAAACUGUUCCUCAUUUGCCAGUAGAGUCAAGUGUCAUGCAGAAGAAUAUCCAAACCCAGAGAAGGUGUUUCUCCAAAGUCAAACCAAAACCCAAUCUGUGCCAGGCUAUACGAAACAAAAAGCCAAAUCCAUGUCCCACUAAGGAUACAAUGAGAAAAUCAAACCCAGAAGUUCUUGAAAGAACAUCAGAAAUUUGCCCUGAAAAACAAAAAAAUGAAGAACCGGGUGUUCAUUCAGAUCCACAAAUAGGGAAAGAUUACAGCAUGCCUGCCAUUCCAACACAGUCUCCCUCAAGUUCAGAGCAGUCAAGUUCUGUUGUACCAAGUGCUGCCUCAGGAUUGCAUUCAAGUGAAAGUAACUUUUGUCCAUCUAUAAUGAAAAACUCUGCCAUCUCUGAAACAUUAAUGGCCAUUGAGGAUCAGUUUGUAAUGAGAGACUAUGAUCUUUUACCUCAGAACAGUAAUGAAUUUACAGAAAUUAAACCCUCAGAUAAACCAACUACUAUGGAGGAUAAUAUUAAAGGUCUUGAACAACCUGCUCUUCAUGUUGUGGAAGUAUCAAAGGAGACACUUCCACAUCAAACUACAUGGGGCCGCUUUUCCAAAGCUAAACCCAGGCUUCAGCACAAACCAGUCAUCAGAACUACCCAACCACAACCAAUAGAAGAUACCCACUUACACGAAGAACCAGAACCCUGUCAAACAGAAUCACAGCCUUCUCUUGGUACAGACACAACAGAAUCAUCGGAUAAGAAAGAGCAACAUUCAACCGUACGGCCAGUCCCAAGUGCAGAGCAUCAGUUUCCAAAGAGUACUGAUGAGGUCCAUGCCUUAUCUGAUGAUUCAGAAAAACUGAGUGGUGGAAUCAGUUGUAGAACUAUGAGUUCUGACCAUAUCAAUGAAGUGUCCUGGCUCAUUGAAAAUCCGUUCUUGAUGAUCGACACAAAUGACAGUCAGAUGUCCACUACAGCUCCUGCCCCGGCAGGGCAGCCUUCUUCUACUCAGGACAAAGUGGAAGCUGAAUCUACUCCACUGGAGUUGAAAUCUCAGGCCACAGAUGGUCCAAAUCCAAUUUCAAAAUCCAUGUCUUUGAUAGGAGACUCCCUGCAGUCAAAACUCCAACCUCUACUUAACACUAAUGCAUAUUCCACAGCAGACCCAAAAGAGAGCAGUCAGCAUCUAUGUUUAGAGAGUUCAAGUGACAUCGUCAUGGUUGACAUACAUGUCAAGGAUCAUGAUGACCUCCAACAUCUUCCUGAAAGUAGUGAAACUAACCAGACAGCCACCGACAAUUCUCAAGAUGCCCACAUUGGUGAUGAUGCACUUCUACAGCCACUGGACUCUAAUCCAUCCGCAAAAAAGGCUCCUCCAGCUCGAAGGGCAAGGCUGUCUAGACCCAAACCCAACCUGAGGUGUAGCAGUCAGCUGUCACACAGGAAGCCAGUUCAGACGGCAACACAACCGGAACCAGUUUCUGCGACUUGCUCAGAGGCACAAGAGGAAGCCGCUUCCCAGAGACCUGACUCCACCCCUGACGCUAACAGCCCGGGUCCAGUAAACGCAGCCACCAUAGGAUGUGUUGAAAUCGACAAUCCUUCAAAUAGUGCUGCCAUUGCACUUGACUGCAUGAUUGAAAUGCCCAGUAUUUCCAUCCAGGACGCUGCAGCUGAAGAUUCAGGAUGUAGCGAAAGUAUCCCAGUCCUCACAGGACACUCUGAUGUGUUGUCAGAGGAAGUUCCUCCCAACCCAGAGGAACCGUUUUUUAUCCUCUCUCUGACGGAGAUCCCAGUUUUCCCAUCAGGGGAGGAGAUGGAAAGUGUGUCUGAGCCCAUUCCUUAUCUCCCUGCAACAGAUGAAACAGUACAGCUCCAGAGUGGUCUCGCUACACCUGAAGGCAGUUCAAACGUGGGUGAGGACCAAGCACUCUGUGAUGUUCUUGUGCCAAUGCCUACAGAGGAAGCUGAUGAGAGAGGCUUUAGCAGUGUAAAUGAAGUUGAGCCAGCCAUCACAACAUGUAAAAGUUCAACCUUGACAAAGCCAGAGGAUCUAGAUGAGCGUGUCACACCCCGAUCAUCCCAGCUAUCAGAGGCAGAGGAGGACAGCGCGGAGAUUUGCCCGCCCCAUAGAAAGAAAGCAAAACUCCAAACAGAAGAAGGAGCCGAAUUGCUGGUGAACUGCGAGACGUCACAGGAGAAACAAUCUUGUAGGACAUUGACCAGUGAGGAAUCAAGACCGGGUCCUGCACACACGAACACGACUCUAGAAUCAGAGCUUCCCUUGCUCUCAGCUGAACCAGAACCCUGCCCCUCAGCUGAACCAGAACCCUGCCCCUCAGCUGAACCAGAAACCUGCCCCUCAGCUGAACCAGAGACCUGCCCCUCAGCUGAACCAGAGACCUGCCCCUCAGCUGAACCAGAAACCUGCCCCUCAGCUAAACCAGAGACUGGUGCUUCAGCAGCAGAGCAUAAUGUCCUGCCACCGACUGGAAGGGAGGGCGCUGAAGUCAGCAGCUUAAGGGCAGAAUCUCAGACUUCCCAUCCUAUUACAGCGCCUCCUGUGGCUGUUUCUCUGAACAGAAAACCGAGAGGGUUCCUUUGCUUCCUCUCUGACAAGUCCAAAGCAGGGCCUCCUGGGGGCUCUCAGCAAGCCAAAACAGCUUCACAGGGGCCUUGUGUCAAAACUGCAAGAAGAAAACGAGCCGUCGUGGGACCUGUCACCUCAAAAACAGCACCACUGGACGCUACUCCCACACCAAGUGCUGCUGCAGUGCUGGAGGACACUCCUUCAACAUCCACUACCACAGCACCGCCUGAAGUGGCUGUUACAGAGACCUUAAAUGACAGCCCAGUAUGCCCAGACCCAGUGUGUAGCACUUCAAACCCUGCAGCUGAGGUGCCCACUACCGAGCAGAAUGAAACACAGACCAGCUCAAUAAACGAGGAGCCUACUAAUGUAUCUCAAUACUUCUUAAGUGACAUUUUCACCGAAGUAGAGGAAGAAUGAUGUCACAAGAGAAAUGGGAAAAGAGGAAGGAGGAAUUGGUGCUCUUGGUUAUUUUAUUCAAAUUAGAGAUCACAUAAGAAGAUGUAGCAGGAAUAAAUGCACUUUUAAGGUUGUUCAUGUUUUUGCAUCACUGCAUUUUUGGUGUGGCUUGUAAAGCUGAUUUCACUUUAUGAAAAGGGAGGCCUCUAAUUCAGUUAAAUCAGUUAGUUUUAAAUGGUACAGUUUGGUCGAGGAUCGUCAGGCACUGAUCCUCGAAUGAAUUUAACAGUGCAUCUGGACUGAGGGGGGAUAAAGAGGGAUUGAAGGAUGAUGAAUUGAAAGUGUCACAAUUUUUUUGUUUGUUUGUUUUUUGGAUUUUCCGCCUUCUUCUCCCCAAUUGCACUUGGCCAACUACCCUAUUUUUUGAGCUGUCCCGGUCGCUGCUCCACCCCCUCUGCUG